AUGCCCUCAGCCGCUGCACCAGCACCACCCACUACGCAGUACAAAGAAGGCGCGGCGCUAAACGCCUACGGUACAAGUAGCUCUGAGGCCGACGCAGGACUACCCGCAGGCUGGGAAGUCCGUCACUCGAAUUCCAAGAACCUUCCAUACUAUUUCAACGAGUCACAGAAACAGUCACGAUGGGAGCCACCGCCAGGAACCGAUACCGAGAAGCUCAAGUCCUAUAUGGCUGAGCACCACAGCGCCCCCCAGAUCACAUCCGAUCCCGCACUCAACGGCCAUGGCGGGAGCAGUGGAAAGAUCAGGGCGAGCCAUUUGUUGGUGAAGCACAAAGAUAGUAGACGACCAAGCAGCUGGCGUGAGGCCGAGAUUAAACGCACCAAAGAAGAAGCUAUGAGCAUCAUUCUUGGACACGAGUCUCGCAUUCGCAGCGGUCAAUCGUCGUUAGGGCAACUCGCUGUUAGUGAGUCGGACUGCAGCAGUGCAAGAAAGAUGGGAGAUCUAGGUUUCUUCGGCCGCGGCGAUAUGCAGAAGGAAUUCGAGGAGGCUGCUUUCCAGCUCAAACCUGGAGAGAUGAGCCAUGUCGUCGAGACUGCUUCGGGGUUGCACUUGAUUGAGAGGCAAGUUCCAAUUAAUUUUCACAUAAAUGCCCAAUGCUUACAUCUGUUUAGGUUGGAGUGA